UCAUUUUAUUACCUACCUACCUACCUACCUACUUACAGGCUGCUAGGUACCUACACAAUUAAUGCUUUCACACACAUAAGGUCGAUUAACGGAUAAGAACUCGAAUGCUUCGCUACGGUAUAUGAAGUGCACUAGCUAUCUAAACGAGGUAAAGAUUAUUAUACAAACGCACACAUGCCACGCCCCCUACGAUCAAGCUGCGACCGUUGUCACUCUCAAAAGCUGAAAUGUCCGAAGGAGCUCGGGGUUACAACGUGUACGAGAUGCCUCAAAGCUGGCACACCUUGUGUCUUCAGCCCAGCCGGGCUCGGUACGCGACGCAGCAUGCUUACCCCUGUCUACCUAGACGAUGAUCUGAACACGAGCGUGAACGCCCAGUUCGAUUGGCCUUCCUUAGAUUUUGGGGAUGCCUUGGGAACUCUUCCGGACACUAUCCAGGACCUUCAGCCAGACACGACUCAGCAAGCUAGACAGGCAGACGCAGCCUCGCAGGAUCCACGUUCUACAUGUAUCCGACAGCUAACCACAUUAGCUGUCGACGUUGAUCUUGUAUCCCGAGAUUUAUCAUCAAUUUCUCGUGUUCAUGCACCUAAAAACCUACCAAUAGAGAAAUACCAUUCCAGAUUCAUCGAAAAUAACACUCGCCACCUCUGCAUUGAGCAACUCUUCACCCAUGCACAACGUCUUAUUGAUAUCUACCCGCAAGCGCUAAGGAUCAUAUUUGAUAAAGUGGAUAAUGCUGAGUGCGAAGAUCCCGAUUGCUUUCACGCCGUCGAGUUGCCAGACGAAUUAGCAGCAUUCUUCACCGGGUUAGAUGACGACCAAGACAAGAUUGACGUCUUCCUAUUUAACCUCCUGGCGUCUUGUCAUUCCAAGGUCGUAGAUGCGGUGGGCCUCGUCGUACAUUGCGCCAGGACGUGUACUCAGGUUACUCUAACCUCCCCCGACCUUACCCAGCCAGACGUGCGAAUCCCAGAAGUCCGCGUUGGAAGCUUCGUUGCAACUAGCGCGUCUUCUUCUACAAUGCAGACUGUUCUCUUAAUUCAUAUUGGCGAGGUCCUCGUCGACUACGCUCAACAGAUUAGUCAGCAAAUAGCUACCGCUUUCGAACACGAGAAUAGCACACAAACCCAGAUGCUCAAACUUCAAUGUAAACUGCUAGAAGAAAAGUCAACAUCGAAGAUGAGAUUCUUGAAACAGGUCAAGAUACUAUUUGCAAAGAUGAGCUUUGCCAAGUAGGUGGUAGUCUUCGGUAGUCUUACUGAGACGCAGAAAGAUGCCCCAUUAGCAUAUUCGUUCGCAGAGGCCCCUCUACCUGGCCGGCAGAAAGUCAC